AUGUCCGUCCCGGACCAGAUGAAACCCCGCCGCCGCUCCCAGCCUCUCCUGUCGCGCCACCUGUCGCCUCCGCCGCCUCUCUCCACCGCGGCCCGCGUGGCCCGGAGCAGGCCCGCGCGAGCCCGCGGGCGCCGCCGCCGCCCCGCGCCCGGCGCGUCUCCGCCCACCGCCGCCUGCGCUCGCCGACGCCCUCCGCCGCCCGUCGCCGCCGGCCACCGCGCCCCGCCGCCGCCGGUCGCCCCGACCGCAGCCUCACCUCCGCCGGCAUCCUGCCCCAGCCGCCGCGUCCCGCGGGUGCCGCCCCGCGCCUCACCGGCCGGCGCAGCUCCGAGCUUGCCGCCGACCUCACCCCGCCGCCCGGCCCUCGUCGUCACCGCUAGCCGCCGCCUCCUCGCCGGCGCCGCGCUCCGCCCUCGCCGUCUUGCCUCCUCGUCGCCUCCCCGCUCCGGACCCGCCGUCUCCAGCCGUCUUCCCCCAUCUCCGGCAAGUUCCCCGGCGAAGAUCCGGCAAACCACGAAGUCCGCGCGCGCCAGAUCCGGAUCUGAGAAACCCUAA